CAAAAAAAAAGCUACAUUGGGCUAAAUGAGGGAGUAGUAAAACGAAUAUGGUUAUAUAGAGAUGUUGAAGCAUAUUUUGUAAAAGCGAUGCCAGCAGCACCUCUCAGCGGCCGCAGUGAACGAACAGACGCUUCGCGGGGAUGAUCGCACAGCUGAUCUGGCGACAAGCGGCCGGUCACCGACAGGACCGACGGUAUCUGCGCGCGGGAGAUAACACACGCGUCCAGCUUCAGCCGUGCGGGUGCGACGAUGAAGCGAACAUGAUCAGUGCCGAUGGCCCCUCCACCAAGAGCGAGGAGACCCGGGACGCGGGGGAGAAGAAGAGGGGCAGGCCGCCGCCAGAAAUGCUGCACCUCCUGUCCGCUGUGUCCGUGUGGCUGGUGACGGGCACCACCAUAUCCAGCCUCAACAAAUGGAUAUUCGCCGUGUACAAUUUCAGAUACCCGCUGCUUCUGUCAGCCCUCCACAUGCUGACGGCGAUCGUGGUGGACUACGGACUGAUCAAGUGCAGGAUGAUCCAGCACCGAGGCGUCGGAGAGCAGGAUUUAACCACCAGCGCCAAAUGCAAAGUGUUCCUGCUGAGCUUGACCUUCUGCGCCAGUAUCGCGUUUGGCAACGUGGGUCUCAAUUAUGUGCAGCUUUCGUUCGCGCAGAUGAUCUACACCACAACGCCGCUGUUCACGCUGGCUAUUUCCACCCUGAUUCUGGGAAAGCAGCACCACAUCCUGAAGUACACCGCGAUGAUGCCCAUCUGUCUCGGGGCGUCCUUCAGCAUCAUGGGCGAGGUCCAGUUCGACCAGACCGGCUGUCUGUUUGUGUUCGCCGCCACUAUGUUAAGAGGCGUGAAGUCCAUUCAACAAAGCAUCUUGCUCCAGGAGGAGAAGAUCAACUCUGUCUUCCUGCUGUAUCUGAUGUCCAUCCCCAGCUUCUGCAUCCUGGCCAUCGCCGCCCUGGUUCUGGAGAACUGGGCCGCGCUGCAGUCCCCUUUCCAGUAUGACCAGCACCUCUGGGGUUUCAUCUUGCUCAGCUGCCUGGGUUCAGUGCUUUACAACCUGGCCAGCUGCUGUGUCAUCACCCUGACCUCCGCUGUCACGCUGCACAUCCUGGGCAACCUGAAUGUGGUGGGGAACCUGCUGCUGUCCCAGCUGCUGUUUGGGCACGAGCUGACGGCUCUUAGCUGUGCUGGAGCUGCGCUCACCCUCUCAGGCAUGAUCAUCUACCAGAACUCAGAGAUCAUCGUAGCUUACAUCGACGCACGGAGAGCCAGGACACCAACCGGUGGCAGUGGAGAGGACGUGGUUUGUGUUAACGAGAAUGACUCGAGCAUAUCAGAGACUCCAGAACCUUGUUCAGAAGAAGAAUUAUAUGCAGAUAAUCAGGUCCAUGAGAAAACGGACUGAAGAGACUAAAAGGCUGUGUUCCAAAACCUAGUGAGCUGCAGUGCUGCUGUCUGUAGCCAAUAUCUGCUAACUGAAUUAAAAUAUAAAUAAAGUUUUAUACAUAUAUUAUUUUAGCUAGUUGCAGAGACAAUAUUUCUCAUUUUAGUUUAACUUGAUAUACUAAAAUAAAAAAAUAA